CUGGGUGUAUGGGUGUCAAUAUUUUUGUUAUGUUAAUGUUACUUUACAUAAUUAAAUCCGUUUAAUUUUUAAUUAGUUAUGGAAGUUAAAAGUGAAAUUAAGAAAGAGUUUACUGAAUGUGACCAAACAUCAAAAGGUCAUCUAUGGACAUCAGUAUCAGUAGAUCUCCAAAACUUGAAAAAUAAACCAAAGCAUAUUAUAAGUUAUAACUAGGUAGUACUUAGUACUUUAAUUAAAUCCGUUUAAUCAGUUAUGGAAGUUAAAAGUGAAAUUAAGAAAGAGUUUACUGAAUGUGACCAAACAUCAGAAGGUCAUCUAUGGACAUCAGUAUCAGUAGAUCUCCAAAACUUGAAAAUUGAACCAAAGCAAGAUCACCCAGGUGAGACAAGAAGUAAUGCAAUGGCAGUUAAAGUUGAAAAGAAAGAGUUUGCAGAAUAUGACCUUAAAGAUACAGAUCAUCAUCAUCUCUCCAUGUCAAUGGAUCUUCAAGACCUGAAGGAUGAACCAGAGGAAAAUCAACCAGGUCGCCUGCAGAAAAACAACAACAUUCGUUCAUCUCACAAUGAAGACGAUAUGUAUAGACAUUCUGGAAAAACAAUUGUCAAUAAAAAUAUAAAAAUCAAGAUUGGAAAAGGGUCUUACAAAUGUGAAAUUUGUUUCAAGCAGUUUUCUCAAACAAGUCUUUUGAACACACAUUUGAGAGUGCACACUGGAGAAAAACCUUAUAAGUGUGAUAUUUGCUUUAAACAAUUUACUCAAGCUGGUAGUUUGAAAUUACAUAUGCUGACUCACACUGGAGAAAAACCUCACAAAUGUGAAAUUUGUUUCAAGCAGUUUUCUCAAUCAAGUAAUUUGAACACACAUUUGAGAGUGCACACUGGAGAAAAAUCUUACAAGUGUGAUAUUUGCUUUAAACCGUUUGCUAAAGCGAGUUAUUUGAAACGACAUUUGAGGGUGCACUCUGGAGAAAAGCCUUAUAAGUGUGAAAUUUGUUUUAAACAAUUUAGCGCAAAAGGAACUUUGAAAAUACAUUUGAGAGUGCACACUGGAGAAAAAUCUUACAAGUGUGAAAUUUGUUCGAAACAGUUUACUGCGUCAAGUUCUUUGAAAAUACAUUUGAGAACUCACACAGGAGAAAAGCCUCAUAAGUGUGAAAUUUGUUUAAAGUGCUUUACUACUGGAAGUGAUUUGAAAAAACAUCUGAGAACACACACUGGCGAAAAGCCUUACAAGUGUGAUAUUUGCUUUAAACCGUUUACUCAAGCUGAGAAUUUGAAAUUACAUAUGAUGACUCACACUGGAGAAAAACCUCACAAGUGUGAAAUUUGUUCGAAACAGUUUACUUCUUUGAAAAUACAUUUGAGAACUCACACAGGAGAAAAGCCUUAUAAGUGUGAAAUUUGUUUAAAGCGCUUUACUACUGGAAGUGAUUUGAAAAAACAUCUGAAAACACACACUGGCGAAAAGCCUUACAAGUGUGAUAUUUGCUUUAAACCGUUUACUCGAGCUGAUAAUUUGAAAUCCCAUUUGAGAACACAUGUGUUCUCACUUACGCACAUGGGUCAUUCUUAAUAAAUUGGCAGAUUUUACCACUGUAACACAAACAUCGAACACACCUAUUUAAAGACAAAUGUCGAUCCAGUAAACUAUCUAAAAAAUUAUUGGGAAUUUCAGCAAUCAAUGUGACAGUCCGCACUUCCAAAUUUACAUUAGUAGACUCAUUUGAAUCAAGUUCAAAGAACGUUAGUGGAUCAGAAUGUAAGAAGGUUGGCCCCGCCCACCAUUUGGAACAGUUAACUAACUCAGAGGGUAAGCAACCUCUUGAACUAAUGUCAGCAGGAUUUUCUUCAGAAGGAACAUAAUGCCAACAUGAAGAAGCUACUCGUUCCUGCACAUAAGCUCUAUUGCUCACAAAGGUUUUCCACCGAUGAGGGGAAGAUUGUAACCAACGUUGUAAGAGCAGAAUAGGAUUAACGGUAUAUUUCAUUGAUUUCUACUUUAUCUUUAACAACAGAAGAACCUUUAAAGUAACCUUUCUCGCUAGCUUCACCAAAACAGUGAACUUCUAAGCGUGAAAUAUCGUCAAUUAAUAAACGACGAGGUAAAUAAUUUACUCAAAUAUGGUACAUCGUCAAGGUAUUUUUUCCACAAACGGAUAAUUUCUUUUGAUGGAGCAUCAUCCCAACCAAUCUUUUGGGUCCAUAUUCUUUGAAUAAGGUGUUUAAUUAGAAACGUCAUUGGAGAUUAAAAGCCAAGAGGAUCAAAUAUUUUUGUUAAAUUGGACAAAAGAUGACGUUUUGUACAAGAAGAGUCUAAAACUUGAACUUUAAAACCAAAUGUAUCCGAAGAAGCGUCCCAUUCCAACCCUAAUACUUUAAGUGUUUGGGACGAAAUAUCAUCAUUAAAUGUAAGAGGUUUUAUGGCUAAAUCUGAUACAGCUAAUCCUUUCAAUAAAUCAGGUACAUUACUGGA